AACCACCACUACACCGACGAGUAAUAAGCACAACUAAAUUUGCUCUCUCCACUUCUACUCCACAGCUGAGGAAAUUAGCAAAAAUGAGCAUAAUGGAGGGAGGUGUUGGGGGUGUGGUGGGUUCAGAAACCGACCUGCUCACCGACACCCUCAUGAUGGACGACUUUGCACCCGACAUCGAUCUCCUCGAUGACAUUCUCGGCGUGGAUUACGACUGGAAAGAACUGGAGCCCACGUUAUCCCAACAAAACCAGCAGUUCCACUUCGGACAGCAACAAUUUAUUUCAAAUUUCCAACAUCAGAACAUAAAAUCUGAACUAUUUCUACCCAAUCCAAUCGAUUCCCCGCCGCCAGACCACCCCCACACUCACCACCAACAACAACAGCAGGAUAUAAAACCCAUCCUGCUCCCACAACAGUCGUCAAUUAUCAUCCCAAACUUCACGGCUUUAGCUACGACCACAUCGAGGAAAGCCACCACCUCCCCACCAUCGCACCCACAAUACAUCCAACCAGCACCACCACCGCCACCACCCACGACAACUCCACCCGCUCCAACAACCACCUCCAACCUAAUCCCCACCACGACGACGGGGAACAUUUUCAGUUUUUCCACGGCUGGUUUCUGUCAGCCCGUGUUUAACAAUGGUCAAACGAUUCUCCUUCCGCAAUUACAACUCGUCGUCCAGCAGGACAAACUCCCAAUGAAACGCCUCGCUUCUUCCCAUAGUUUCUCCAGCAACAGCAGCAACGAUGGUCAAUCCACCACGACGAAUUCAUCCACAAAUUCCCACUCGACGAAGCGUCCAAAGCAAAAAGAACAAACCUCUCGUCGUUCCUCCCACAACGCGAUCGAACGUCGAUAUCGAUCAUCAAUUAAUGAUAAAAUUAUCGAAUUGAAAUCUUUGGUUUUCAAUGGAAACUCCAACAACAAAUCGGAAACGGAGAAAAUUCAUAAAGCUGCAAUUUUACGAUCAGCAAUUGACACGAUUCGUUACUUGCAAAAUUCAAAUUCCAGAUUUGAGAAAGAGAAUCGUAGUUUGAAAAGUAUAUUAAAUCAAGUGAAAAAAUGCCAUAGUUGUGGCGUUGAACAAUUGCCAAUUCCGAUUUUUGGGAAUUUCUCGGCUGCGAAUUCUAAUGCGGAUUUAAGAGAAUUGCUAACGGAUAAUUCACCACCACCGACGGAUCAAGAAUCCUCUAAUCCAUCAACACCGAAUUCUAUCCAUAAUUCUGAAGAAAAUGGACCAGCCAAAAAUAAAUCGAGCCCGAUUGCGCUGUUUGCAAUUGCUGCGGGGUUAUUCCUCAUCAAUCCUGGCACUCAUCAUCCACAUCAUUUCGAACAUGAAACGGAGCACAGUCGCGUGACCCGUUCAAUAACGGAAACAACACCCAUGAAAUCACCGGAUAUUUGGACCCCACGGAUUUUCGCUGUUUUUAUCAACUUGAUAUUUUUCAUGUUGAUUUGGUAUUUAUCGGAUAAAUUGUUUUCAAGAAAACCUCGAGAACAGCAGAAAAAGUUCAAAAAAUCAAAAUAUUCUCAGAAAUACGUACAAACGGAGUACGGAAAGUUGAAAACCGCUUUAAACACGAAAUCCAAAGAAACUUUUGAGAUAAUCUUGAACGACAUUGAUGAAUUUAUUCCACGUUGUAAUUUAGCUUUAAAAUUCCACAAUUUUUUCUUAUUAUGGAAAUUUUCCUUCUUUUCAAUGGAUUUGGAGAAAUCAGAUUCGGAUAUUUUUAUGGAUUUUAUCAUUGCGAAAUGUUUUGUAGAACUUGGGAAAAUUUAUUCACUGAAAAACAAUGAAAAAUUAGCCAAUUAUUGUGGUUUUCAAGGUUUAAAGUAUGGAAUUAAUUGUAUUCAGAGCAAAGAAGGACAGAAUUUAGUUAUCAAUGCUGUUUUAUUAACUAAAUCUAAAUUAGUCUUAAAAUCAGUGUUGUUUAAAAUCAAAAAUUCACAAAGUUGCCAUAAAAAUCUUCAUCCGUUAUUGGACUCCAACGUUGGAUUAUCAUUCUUCAGACACAAUCUUAAAAGGAAUUCAACAAAUUCCCACACCCCGCUGACAACUUGUAUAUCCUCCUCCGACCCCGUGUCCACCUUGGUCAACAAGUACAAGUACGAAAUGAUGUGGAAUGGCGUCACCCAAUUAUUUUACUAUGGAGAAGGAGCCGUGGAAUAUUUUAAGAAUGCCGUGAGAGGUGUCAUCGCAGAGAGGAAGAGGAAACCCGGAUGUGGUGAAGCUGAAAGUGAUGAAGACUCGGAAACUGAUUUACAUUGUGAAUGGUGGGCGUGCGUUCUUUGGACACAAGCUGAAUGGAUGGCAAGAGGCGGUCGAAUUCCAAUAUUGCAAAGACUUUACAAAGUUGUGGAUUCAUUAUGGAAAUAUCAAAUGGAUGAUCCGCUAUGCAAAGCCGUUUAUUACACACACAUGGCUAAAAGGAUUUUGCUGCAAGACACCCACCGCCAAUCCCCAAUAUCCUCAAUCAGACGACUGAUCGAUUCCUCAGGAGAAUCCCUACGCGAUGCCAUCAACUUGACAACGGACAAACCAAAACCCGUUAUCCAAUUAAUAUGGACCUUAACGGCGGAAUGGAUUUUAGAAAUCCGACUUGAACUCUGGGAAGAAAUGAAUUCAAAAACGGAUGUGGAAUUUACUCGACAAUUCUCUCGAGAUUUGGACACCUUAAGAUCUCUUACUCAUUAUGUUCCCAGCUCGCUCCCAUCCGUCUACUUAUACGAAGCCUCCCUUCGUCUAAUGACGAAAGCAUCACCUGGAAGAACUCAACAAUUACUUGACGCCUCCCUCCGUUCCGUACGAAUUAACCAAAGAUCUGGAUUAAUUUGUAAUAAUGCAUCACAGAAUUUAAUGAAUUUGGAGGAAGAUUUAUUAGCGGAUGGUGAAACAGAGUUAAAUUGUAAUAAGAAAAAAACGGACGUAAACUUAAUUAGGGAAAAGCGAAAGGCGAUUGCUUUAUAUUUACGAUGUAAACAUUUACCUAGUCAAGUCAUUACUUGUCCCGGUGAAAAGGCAGGAAUGCUUAAGGAAGCACUGAAAUGCUUAGAAAUUGUCGGUGAUGACAAGAAAAUUAUUGAUUGUUUGGACAUGAUCAAAUCGUUACAUUCUGUUGCUUUAUAUUAAAAUGUAUUUAUAUACUUCCUCAAAAUAAUAACCACAUUUUUAAGAGAAUGUAAAAAAAAAAUGUCAGGAAAUACAUAAAAAAAGUUAAUUAAAAAUGUCCUUGUGUAAAACAAUGAAAUUUA